GAAGAAGAAGAAGAAGAUAUUCAACACAUUCACCAAAACAGCAACAAGCGCUCACUGUGAUUUGCCGAAGAAAUACAGAGGAAGUCUUGCCUUCUGUCAAAUGUUUUGUUUCGGGACUGUUAAACCGCCGACCUUUUAAAAUAGAAUAAUCUAAUACAUUUAUUUUACAGCAGAGCUAUUACGGAGUCAUUUGGUCUGGAUGUUUGACUAUGUAGUUAAUGAGCUGUUCACGUGACUAGGAAGUCAGUUUCUGUAGUUGUCAGAACGGUAAACAAUAACCAUAAAUAGGAAAAAAGUACUUUAAGGCAAUUUUGAAACAGAUAUUUAUCCAUCAUGCACAGAAGAGGAGUCGGAGCUGGUGCGAUCGCCAAAAAGAAACUCGCAGAGGCUAAGUACAAAGAGAGAGGUAACGUCCUGGCAGAAGAUCAAAUUGCACAAAUGUCCAAACAGCUGGAAACCUUUAAGACCCAUUUAGAGGAGUUUGCUAGCAAACAUAAACAAGAUAUCCGCAAAAGCUCUCAGUUCAGGGUGCAGUUUCAAGAGAUGUGUGCCACCAUUGGGGUCGAUCCACUUGCAUCUGGGAAAGGAUUUUGGUCUGAGAUGCUUGGAGUUGGAGAUUUCUACUAUGAGCUCGGUGUGCAGAUCAUUGAAGUCUGUUUAGCUUUGAAACACAGAAAUGGUGGGCUCAUCACACUGGAUGAACUUCAUCAGCGUGUCUUAAAAGGAAGAGGGAAGUUUGCACAAGAUGUGAGCCAAGAUGACUUAGUGCGGGCCAUCAAGAAACUCAAGGCUAUGGGAAACGGUUUUGGGAUGAUUCCUGUUGGAGGCUCUUACUUGGUUCAGUCAGUACCAGCAGAGCUCAAUAUGGAUCACACUGUUGUCCUUCAGCUAGCAGAGAAAAAGGGAUACGUGACGGUGAGCGAGAUCAGAGAAAGCCUCAAAUGGGAGAGAGAGAGAACCUGUCAUGUGCUUGAUCACCUGUUGAAAGAAGGCUUAGCAUGGCUGGACUCCCAAGCAGCAGGCGAGCCACAAUACUGGCUGCCGGCUCUGUUCUCAGAGCUUGUAUCACGAGACGUUACGCCUGAAGAAGCUAACCAGAUGACACCUUGAGUAUAAGAUGUUUUUUAAACACAUGCUAACGGUUGUGGGGAAUUGCAGAACCAGGGUUAAAGACCAUCAGACGCAUUGCUGAAUCUACAUUGUAAAUAUAAAUUUACAAAAGUUGUCACUGGGGCAGUACCCUUUCUUCAAGCAAGCCGAUACACAUUUAUCCAUCAUCUUUCAGACAAACACAUUUCGAGAUUUUGUAGCAAAUAUCUUUGCUCUUCGAAACUUUAUAAUGGUAGAAAACAGGGAUCAGGGAACAACUUCUGACUUUAAACCCCCAAAAAGUGCAUUCAUCCUUCACAAAGGUAAUCUACAGGUUAAUAAAGGUCUUCUGUGUGUAAUUACUUUGAUUUUGUAAGAAAAAUGUCCAUAUUUCAAACUUUUAUAAACUAUAACAACUAGCUUCCGGUAAUGAUGCCAUCUUGGACUCACGCAAUUCAUGCAAGAGUUUAAGCCUAGUGAACGUUCAUUGCCAUCAGGUAAGAUGCUAUCUUUAUCGUAAGCUAGUUAUUAUAGUUUAUGAAGUUUAAAAUAUUUAUUAAAAAGUUGAAAUAUUGAAAAUUUAUAUUUUUCUUACAACAUCGCAUCAGUUACCAGCAGAAGAUCUUUAUUAACCCCUCGGAGCCAUGUGGAUUACUUCUGUGAAGGAUGGAUGCACUUUUUGGGCUUAAAAGUCGGAAGUUGUUCUCUGAUCCCUGUUUUUCACUCAACUCCAAAUGUGUUUGUCUGAAAGAUGAUGAACAUAUGUAUCUCAGAUUGCAUGAGAACUAGUAGAUCAUGGGAUAAUUUUGAUAUUUGCCUGGAGUAUUGCUUUAACAGUGCAUAUUAUAUUAUUAGUACAUAUUAGGACUUUUUAAAGGGUAUUGUCCCAUUGACAGCUUUUGUAACUUAUUUCUGACAGUGUACAUGGUGAGCGCAAAGCUUGCUUCAGUAUGGAGAAUAAAACCACCUACUUUGUCAACAUAAUCCCAAAGUAUUUUGUAUAUUUGUUAUUUAAAAUUCUAUUUACCUAUGGAAUAAAUAAAAACAAGGAGAUUUCCAGUGGUUA